AAUUAGCUUCUUUUUUUCUUUUUCUUUUUUCUUUCUGAAACUUUAGCUUAUUUAACGGUGUGUCUCUAUAUAUGGGGUUACUGAGCUUAGACAAGUGAGGUGGUAUAGUAGAAAUGGAGACAUCUUUUGGAGUGAGAAAAGGUGCUUGGACUUCUGAAGAAGAUGAUCUUCUUAGAAAAUGCGUUGAACAAUAUGGAGAAGGAAAAUGGCACCAAGUUCCGCUUAGGACAGGGUUGAAUAGAUGCAGAAAAAGUUGUAGACUGAGAUGGUUGAAUUAUCUUAAGCCAAAUAUCAAAAGAGGACAUUUUACAGCAGAUGAAGUUGACUUAAUUAUCAGGCUACAUAAGCUAUUAGGUAACAGAUGGUCAUUGAUAGCUGGCAGAUUACCAGGAAGAACUGCAAAUGACGUGAAGAACUACUGGAAUACUCACCGAAGCAAAAAGCCUAACACUUGCAAGAAAGAUGCGAUGACAAUUAACAAACCUGUUAAGAUAACAAAAGCCAACAUAUUCAGGCCUCGACCUCGGACCAUCUCCAAUAAAUUCUUCUGGUCCUUUGAAGAAAUUCCACUUGUUACUGUGAGCAACACUGGUCAUAUUGGUGAUCAAGAUAAUAAUAAUAAUAAUAAUAAUAACAAUCUCCGCACCUCUCAGGCAGCGUUGCCACAAAUAGAAAAGGAGAGUGGAUGUGAGUGGUGGGAAAUCUUGUUACCAGAUGAGGAAGAAGAAAAAGAAAGAAACGACAUAGCUAGUGACAAUAAUAGUGGGUCAUCAAAAGAUAUUAAAAACAAUCACAUCACAUGUCUUUUUGAAGAAGGAAAUGAAGAUCAUAAGAACGUCACAGCCGUAGAUGAUAAAAUGAUAGAUGAGAAUAUUGAUUUAUUCUUUCAAGAAGGUACAAAUUGGUGGAUUGAUAAUAAUGAUUAUAAUAAUGGUGACUACUCUUUCGAUGCCGGACUUUGGGAUCUUCUGCUAGAUGAAGAAAAGGGCAACUUCAGGAUGUGAACUUAUGUUUUCUCCUUUUUUAUGAUAAUUAUUGUUUCUAUUUUGUCUCGCUUCCUUUGAUAUGAUAAUUAUUGUGUAUGCAUACUCUUGAGAAGACUCGUUUUAUUAGUUUAUGUGAAUUCUAGAGUGAAAUAAAUAAAGUGAAUUUUCAAUAA